CGCAUGGAGGCCCCGCCUUUUCGUCCCGCCCCGCCCCCGUCGGCCUCUCCUCCAGCUGCUCUCUCAGCAUUUAGGAUCCCGGCAUUUAGGAUCCCGGCACCCGCGCGCGUUCUGCAGCUAUGGAGGUACCCGGAAGCCUGUGCAAGAAAGUCAAGCUGAGCAAUAAUGCGCAGAACUGGGGGAUGCAGAGAGCAACUAAUGUCACCUAUCAAGCUCACCAUGUCAGCAGGAACAAGAGAGGUCAGGUCGUGGGGACCAGAGGUGGUUUUCGUGGUUGCACAGUUUGGCUGACAGGCUUAUCUGGAGCAGGAAAGACCACAGUGAGCAUGGCUCUAGAGGAAUACUUGGUUUGCCACGGUAUCCCGUGCUACACUUUGGAUGGCGACAACAUCCGCCAGGGUCUCAAUAAAAAUCUUGGCUUUAGUCCUGAAGACAGAGAAGAGAAUGUUCGACGCAUUGCAGAAGUUGCCAAGCUGUUUGCAGAUGCUGGCUUAGUGUGCAUCACAAGUUUUAUAUCCCCAUACACUCAGCAUUUACUCCUGGUGCAGAGGAUUUCUGUCCUCUAUCUUGCAGCUGGAACAAUGGGUGUGUCUCGAGACGCUGAGAGCUUUUACAUUUCUAAGAAGCUAAUUGAACAUGACAUCGUACCUGUGGAUGCCUCUUAUGAAGUAAAAGAAUUGUAUGUGCCAGAAAACAAACUCCACCUGGCGAAAACAGAUGCAGAAACAUUGCCAGCAUUGAAAAUUAAUAAAGUGGAUAUGCAGUGGGUACAGGUUUUGGCAGAAGGUUGGGCGACCCCCUUGAACGGCUUUAUGAGAGAGAGGGAGUACUUGCAGUGCCUUCAUUUCGAUUGUCUCCUGGAUGGGGGUGUCAUUAACUUGUCAGUGCCUAUAGUUCUGACUGCUUCUCAGGAAGAUAAAGAGAGACUGGACGGCUGUACGGCAUUUGCUCUGAUGUAUGAGGGCCGCCGUGUGGCUAUUCUUCGCAACCCUGAGUUUUUUGAGCACAGAAAGGAGGAGCGCUGUGCCAGACAGUGGGGAACAACGUGCAAGAACCAUCCCUACAUCAAGAUGGUUAUGGAACAAGGAGAUUGGCUGAUUGGGGGAGAUCUUCAAGUCCUGGACCGAAUUCGCUGGAAUGACGGUCUUGAUCAGUAUCGUUUCACUCCUACUGAGCUAAAGCAGAAGUUUAAAGAUAUGAAUGCUGAUGCUGUCUUUGCAUUUCAAUUACGCAACCCCGUGCACAAUGGACAUGCUCUGUUGAUGCAGGAUACCCAUAAACAGCUGUUAGAGAGGGGCUACCGGCGCCCUGUCCUCCUCCUUCACCCUCUCGGUGGUUGGACCAAGGAUGAUGAUGUUCCUUUGAUGUGGCGUAUGAAGCAGCAUGCUGCGGUGCUGGAGGAAGGAGUCCUGAAUCCAGAAACAACAGUGGUGGCCAUCUUCCCAUCUCCCAUGAUGUAUGCUGGGCCAACUGAGGUCCAGUGGCAUUGCAGAGCCCGAAUGGUUGCAGGAGCCAAUUUUUACAUUGUCGGACGAGACCCUGCUGGCAUGCCUCAUCCAGAAACAGGGAAGGAUCUUUAUGAGCCCACUCAUGGUGCCAAAGUGCUGACAAUGGCCCCUGGGCUCAUCACCUUGGAAAUAGUCCCCUUUCGAGUUGCAGCCUACAACAAGAAGAAGAAGCGUAUGGACUACUAUGACUCUGAACACCAUGAAGACUUUGAAUUUAUUUCAGGAACACGAAUGCGCAGACUUGCCCGAGAAGGCCAGAAACCUCCGGAAGGCUUUAUGGCUCCCAAAGCCUGGACUGUGCUGAUGGAAUACUACAAAUCCUUGGAGAAAGCUUAAGCUGUUGACCCAGUCGCUCUACCUUUGACACUUAACUGAGUAACAAGAGGGACCACUUAGUUACUGUUGGCAUUUCUUCGUGGUGGUGUCUGUCUGGACACACUUCCUAAAAACAGACCACUUUCCUUAACUAGCAUCAGUUUUGGUCUGCCUUACGAGUUUUGUUUUGAACUAGUGUAACACACUGUUGGUUUUAAUGUAUCUUUUCCACUUCCUAUAGUUAAUAUUCCUACAAUACAGUUUUAAAAUCUUGUCUUUUUAUAUUCUAUUUAUGCUUCUGUCUUAUGAUUUUUUCAAGUUGUUAUAUUAGUUGUAACCAAUAGUAUACACAUUGAAUCUCAUUUUUCAUCCCUUGAAAAAAGAAAAAAUUCACUAAACAGUAAACUUGACUAGACUUUGUUUUGGGAAUUUUACAAGACAUCUGUAGCAAUUAGAUUUUCUUUUUCUACCUUGAAAAUAUAAACUGCUUUCUUCCUUCCUUCCAGUAAGCUAUUGAUCUCGCAGCUGUUAUAAUGUAUUCUUAUGAUGUGUGUAAGCCCUGAAUGAACUUUCAAUCUAUUCAAUAACAUUAAACUUUUUGACUUCUUAUUUA